UUUUACACCAUAUUUAUGUACCAAUUGUCAUAACCAUCUAGAACUACACAAUCAUUCAACAAAAGUCACUUACAAAAUCACAAUUUUUCUCAUCAUCUGAUAUCAGAAUACAUAGAAAAUAAUCAAACCCCUUUGAAAUUAAGACGGAACCAUCAACAUAACCCGCAUAGGGAAACUCAAGCAUUGGUGCAGCAAAUCCUUAUCAUGAGUGUGAUUCUUAGUGAAUUUCCCCAAUAGAGAUUCUUGUGGGUUAAUUUAAUAGCUAACCGUCUUGUGGGACACAUUGAGUAUUUUUUUAGAUGCAAACAUCCCAGAAUAAUCGAAGAUCGGGAGCAGCCAUACAUGGUUUGUACCAACAACCAGACCACAUUGAACCUUUUUACUUAACAGGUUCCCAUUUCCAAGUAUUGAACAACAGUAGCUAUCCCGUCGACACAAUUACCAGUCGACAGCAAGAAACCUCUGUUGUAUCAUCUCAGACCAUCAAUGAACAAUUCUUUACCUUGGAAUCAUCACCAGCUGUAGAAUAUUCUGUUUAUAACUCCCCAUAUGGUGGUAGUGUGUCAGCAAAUAGCCAAAGCCCCUUUUCUCCUCAAGGGUCUUCUCAAUCAUGUUUGUCAAAUCUACAAAACUCCCCCGAGAACACUUAUGGGUCUCCCAUUAGCAGUGGUGUCGAGCAGGCUCUUAAAGAAAUGGAAAUUGAGCUAUUAGGUCCUGGAUCUGAUUUUGAAGAUGGAUCCAUUACUAGCUCUUUUGAUACUGUUACCAAGUACCAUAGGAUCCUGCAGAUGGAUAUUUCAAGUUUAGAUGUGAAGCAAUCCCUAAUUGCCAUUGCUCAUGCAAUGGAUGAUGGUGCCAAAGAAGAAGCACAAGCACUCAUGGAAGCUUUACAAAGUAAGGUAUCUGUGACUGGAGCACCUAUUGAACGUUUGGGUGCAUAUAUGUUAGAAGGCCUACGAGCUAGACAGUUAUCUUCAGGAAGCCUAAUCUACAAAAAGCUAAGGUGUUAUGAGACGAAUCCAAAAGAGCUCAUGACCUAUAUGUCAAUCCUAUAUGAAAUCUGUCCUUACUACAAAUUCGCCUACACAACAGCAAAUGUAGUCAUUAAAGAAGCCAUGCAGUACGAGAGCCAAGUCCAUGUCGUUGACUUUCUCAUAGCACAAGGAAGCCAAUGGGUUGAUCUCAUCAAAGAUCUAGCCACGCGGCCCGGUGGUCCCCCAAAACUUCGUGUCACAGGUGUUGAUGAUGGUGACUCAUCUUAUGCCCGGGGAGGUGGCCAACAAAUUGUUGGUCAAAGGCUAGCUAAGGUUGCUGAAGAGUACGGGGUGCCUUUUGAGUUCCAUGCAGCCGCUAUUUCAGGAAGUGAGGUUAAUUGGGGGAACCUAAAGGUGCAGCCGGGUGAAGCAUUGGCAGUUAACUUCCCUUACAUGUUACACCACAUGCCUGAUGAGAGUGUGAGCACGACUAACCAUCGCGACCGGUUAAUCCGUCUGGUUAAAAGUCUUGCUCCAAAAGUUGUGACCCUCCUUGAGCAAGAAUCAAACACCAACACCUCCUCGUUUUCUAAACGAUUUGCAGAGGCUCUUGAUUACUACACAGCUAUGUUCGAGUCCGUUGAUGCUAAACUUCCAAAGAACAUAGAUAUGCCACGGGACGACAGACGGAGGAUCAGUGCAGAGGAGAAUUGUGUGGCUAGAGAUAUGGUUAACAUAGUGGCAUGUGAGGACACGGAUAGGGUGGAACGACAUGAGCCAUUAGAUAAAUGGAAGUUUAGGCUACAAGCUGCGGGGUUCACGGCUUUGCCAUUGAGUUGUUCAGUGAUGGCAGCAGCUAAAGAGGUGCUGAAGGAUUACAGUGAGUUUUAUCGGCUUGGGGAGAAGGAUGGUGCGCUAGUUCUUGGCUGGAAGAACAGGCCCAUGGUAACUUGCUCAGCUUGGAGGUAAAAUUAGGCAUUCAGAUUUAUAGGAUUAAUUAACGUGUUAUAAUAUAUAUAUAUAUAUAUAUAUAGUAACAGCAUGUACUCAACUGCUGUUGUGCAAAAAAACUAUAUUGAUGUAAUGUGUUCUUAAGCUUCAA